AUGGGAACAUCACGUCCAGCACUUUAUCAUGUGCUCCAUGAUGAAAAUGGAUUUAGCAGUAAUGAUAUCCAACAAUUAACAUACUGGGAAAUAAUAAAUAGUAUUAUUUUUAUUAAGCUCUGUCAUACAGAUGUUCGAUGUUCGAAAUCAGUUUCCAUUUCGGCUCCAGUACAUUAUGCUCAUUUAGCUGCGUAUGCUUCCCAUGCUUACGAUUUCGAUCAUGAUAAUGAGAAAAUUCUGAAAAAAUAUAAACACUUAUAG